AUGAUGGCUGAUGGAUGUUGCAGAGGGAUGGAAAGAGGCAGGGGUAAGAUUGCAUCAGAUUCUUUACCGAGACCCACAUAUCCUCAGCAAUAUGUCCAGAGCGGAUCCCAGCAGCAGGGCAAUGACAUCCAGGAGUUAGCGUCCAAACGCGUCGACAUCCAGAAGAAACGCUUCUAUCUGGAUGUGAAGCAGAGUGUGCGGGGUCGCUUCCUGAAGAUAGCCGAGGUGUGGAUCGGCAGAGGCCGGCAUGAUAACAUCAGGAAGAGCAAGCUGACGCUGUCCAUGUCCAUGGCCCCGGCGCUCCGCUACUGCCUGGGGGACUUCAUAGACUACUAUGCCCGCAUCGGGCUGCGGGGGGGCCUCGCGCCUCCGCAGCUCGAGGAGCACAGCAACAACGGCCAGGGCCGCGCGCACGACUCCCGCAGGAGGCAGCAGGAGCAGCAGCACGCGGCGCUGUCCCCCACCGGCUCCGCGGUGUCCGACGACCAUGCCCACCGCGUCCUCAAGAGCGAGUUCAUAGAGAGAGACAACAGAAAGUACUUCCUGGACCUGAAGGAGAACCAGAGGGGUCGCUUCCUCCGCAUACGGCAGACUGUCAGCAAAGGACACGGCACCAUGGGCUACUACGGCCAGGGCAUCGAGCAGACCAUCGUGCUGCCGGCUCAGGGGCUCAUCGAGUUCAGAGACGCGCUGUCACAGCUCAUCGAAGACUACGGCGACGAGGAGAGCGACGAGCGCGGCCGGAGCGGCUCCAGGAACCACGACGAGAGCCCCGAGCUGCCCGAGGCUGCGUCUUUUCGGGUGGACAACAAGAGGUUUUACUUUGACGUCGGGUCCAACCGGUAUGGUAUCUUUUUAAAAAUUAGCGAGGUACGGCAGCCGUAUAGAAACACCAUCACAGUCCCCCUAAAAGCCUGGGCUAGGUUUGGAGAGAAUUUCAUCAGGUACGAGGAGGAGAUGCGGCGGAUCUUCUCGUGUCACAAAGAGAAGAGGAUAGACGGCCGGCAGGACAGUGAGGAGCAGGAGGACUGACCUUGGCAGUAGGCUGUGUCUUUGCAUGUGUUCUAGGGGUUCUGUUCAUGAAUAUCCAGAGGUGACAGUAAGCCCUUAAUACUCUCAUGAUGCUCUAUGUGUCCCUAUAGCCUCCUACACUACAUGCAGUGUACCACCUCCACUCUCUACUCAUCUACCAAGGGCUGGUAAACUAUCAAACCUGCCAAGAAGUCAUUCAUUAAUUCAUUGCCCAAUGCCUCCAUCUGUUUCACUGAAAAAUCUACACUAUUCAUUUCUUUUCAUUUCUCAGUGCUGUUUAAUGCACUGAGACACUUAGCCGGGGGCAGCCCAAGCCUAUCUAGGACCCUGGGCACAAUUUUAACCCCUCACCCCAACUUGAAGCUGUAAAUGACAGCAUUGUUUAGUUAUAUGUGACACUGGAAGGUGACACUGGUGUUAUUAGGGAUGUAAUGCCUGCUGAUCAAUACUAAUAUUCACCCCCUGAGCAUUUAAUCAUUAAUCAGUUUUUGUCAACCACAACUGAUCACUUAAAGUAAAACGACAAUAACAACUUUGAAUUAACUAUGUUUUUAGUAUGGCUUAUGUAAAAAAUUUAGUAAGAACAUUUACAUUUAAAUUAGGGCUGGGCGAUAUGGACCAUAGUCAUAUCCCAAUAUAUUUAGGCUGAACAUCGAUAUACGAUAUAUAUACCGAUAUUUUUUAUCGCAGAGUGAGAGCAAAUGUUCAGUCAAAGUCAAAUAUGACAAAACUGUUUAUUUAAGUGAACAUAAAUACUGUAUAACAACAGGAGUACCUUUUUUUUUUAAAACUCAAAGCUCCACAAAGUGCACAUUUAAAUAAAAAAUAUCUUAAAUAAAAAUAGCCUAUGAAAUAAAAUAGGCCAGUCUUUUUCUGUAAUAAAUAUAUUUAUAUGAGGAAAGAAUAACGAACAUUACAAAAUAAGUAAAUAUGACAAACCUUAGUAAGGGCAGCAUUUAUUUAAAGCAGCUUGCCUGGAGCAAGGAUCACAGCUCAAAAUUGAACUAUAUCGAUAUAUGGGAUAUGGUCUAAUUCCAUAUCACAUUAAAAAAUAU